GCGGGGAAAAGCGACGCAAGCAGCCGCGACGCCAUUUGUCGCGGCCCAGCGUGGGUGCAAGCGGUUCUCGGAAGAGCUCGGUUGUUAGAUUCUCGCGCGCGCGCGAUCCGCUCUCCCCCGCCUGCUUCGUGUCACGCUGUCCCACGCGUCGCCCCUCGGAGGAGUCGCCGCCGCCACCCAGAUAGGAGUCGGAGACGCAGCGAGGCCGUCGUCACCGCCAUGCCUAAGAAUAAAGGUAAAGGAGGUAAAAAUAGACGCAGAGGUAAGAAUGAGAAUGAAUCUGAAAAGAGAGAGCUGGUGUUCAAAGAAGAUGGGCAAGAGUAUGCUCAGGUAAUCAAAAUGUUGGGAAAUGGACGAUUAGAAGCGAUGUGUUUUGAUGGUGUAAAGAGGUUAUGUCACAUCAGAGGGAAACUGAGAAAAAAGGUCUGGAUAAAUACCUCAGACAUUAUAUUGGUUGGUCUACGGGAUUACCAGGAUAAUAAAGCUGAUGUAAUUUUAAAAUACAAUGCAGAUGAGGCUAGAAGUCUGAAGGCAUAUGGCGAACUUCCAGAACAUGCUAAAAUCAAUGAAACUGAUACAUUUGGUCCUGGAGAUGAUGAUGAAAUCCAGUUUGAUGACAUUGGAGAUGAUGAUGAAGACAUUGAUGAUAUCUAAGUCGAACUCAACCUUUCACAUUCCACUUUCUUUGAGGAUUAUUCAACAAUUUGGAUUUGGGCUGUGACCCAUUAAAGAAGAUUAAAAUUUCAUUAGCAUGAGUGCAGUUUGUUAAAGCAGACUGAUUUGUUUCUAAGGUAUUUCUUUAAAAACUAGUAAUGCUGAAUUCUCUUAAAUGUUAAACCCACUUUGUUCUUUUGAUGUGACGGAGCUUGUGGGAAAAGAGCACAUCUGCUCUUCUAAAAGAAAAAAAAUGCGUUAACUGCCUUUCCCACUUUGACCACUUCCAGUAAGUAAAUGGAUGUUUUGAGUAAAACCAUUUGCCGUACACGCAUUAUGUACUUUUUUUUUUUUUUUUUUUUUUUUUGUGGUACGCGGGCCUCUCACUGCUGUGAGCCUCUCCCGUUGCGGAGCGCAGGCUCAGCGGCCAUGGCUCACGGGCCUAGCCGCUCCGCGGCAUGUGGGAUCUUCCCGGACCGGGACACGAACCCGUGUCCCCUGCAUCGGUAGGCGGACUCUCAACCACUGCGCCACCAGGGAAGCCCCGUACACGCAUUAUGAAUCAUAAUUAAGCCCUAGUUUUGACUAGCCUGUUUACUGUACAAUGAAUUUUUGUAUAUUCCAGUUACUUACAUGAAUUUUCCCUUGAGAUUUUGGUACAGUUUAAUGGAGGCAGAAAUCUGCAUUUAAAGUGAAAAAUGAUUGGUCUGUUUUUCAUAUUUAAGUAGCAUGUGGCUAUUUUUAUACUGAUUUUGAUAUUGUAUACAUUCUUUUCAUGAUCUUAUUUUGCCACUAUAAACAUCAACAAAAAAGGCGGUUUUUAGAACCUGAGUUUUAAUAGCAGUUUUGAAUUUGUAAAGUUGGUAGUUGCAGAAAUCAAACACUAGGUGGCACCCAGUUAUCUUAACAUUGGAGAUACUGAUAUAGUUGUCAACUUUUUUUUUUUAACUUACUGUGCAUAGAAAAUUCCCAAACAACAAAAGAUUGUUUUGAACAUAUGCGUGUAUGUAGAAUAUUUUUGCAGAACAAAAGGAUUAUGUUCAAAGUGUCGUUUUAUUUUCAGAAGUCGUAUACGUGUGAGCUACAAUUUUGAGUGCUUUAUAAACACUUAAACUAUGUGUAAAUGAAAAUUUAAUUUCAUAACAGUUUGUACAAAUUAAGCCUUUGGGAAAGUAUCCCUAAGCUGGGGAAAGAGGAGGGAAUAACAACUUAAUGAAAAGAUGGUCUCUUAUUUCUGAAUGGAAGAACUACAUACAGUGGAGAAAUAUAAUAAAGACAGUAUCAUGCUGCAGAGUAUAUUAUACCCUUACUUUGCGUUUAGGAUGUAUUUUAUUGUGUGUACAGGUGUUUUUUGCUUGUAUUUUAUUGGGAAUUUAGAUUUACCCUUUGUUAGUUUUUCAUCAUCAACUCUAGUAAGAUGAAAUUAAGGGCAGGGCUAGUUAGACCUAACUAGCCACAUUGAAGUGGUAUGCAACUGUAAAAGAAAUCCUUCAUGUAGCUUGUGAAACUUUUAUUCUACUGGUCUCCAGAGAACUCUUCAGUGUUGAAAAGUAAUACACAGAGGAUUAAACCUUCACAUGGCUUCAGAAAAUAAGCACAUCUUUUUUUUUUUUUUUUUUUUUUUUAGUAAGCACAUCUUUGAUCCCAUGCUUAGUAUAAUUUCCUUUCCUAAGUGUGCAAACUCUGGAAUAAAAAUCUGAGGUACUAUAAAAUAUUAAAUCAAAAACCAGAAACUAAGAGUGGACAAUUGCAGUUGAUGUUUCUUACUCUAUGGAGUCCCUGAACACUUAACCUAGGUGGAAUGUGUCUGAGACCAUGGACUGGUUUUUAGUACUCAUAAGGAACCAGCCUUGAAGAGUUGACUGAGUGAUCAUCUUCGUCGGUAACCUAAACCUCCUAAUAAGAUAUUUAGGCUUCUGUACAUAAAAGUGUUCUGGUAAAUUUGUGGUAUAUGCAGAUCUUUCCUCCACAUUGUUUUACCAAGAAUGUUUUGACUCUGCAUCUGUGCUACAGUUCAUGGUACGGGUGGUGCAACUCAAACAUUAGUUUUUCUACUUAACCUCCUCUAAUAAUAUGGUUUGUCUAAAGAUUCUUACCCCAAUUCACGUGUUUGCAGGUGACAUUUUUUUUCUUGUCUACGUAGUAACAGCCCAAUCUAGUGCUGUUGUACCCUAGAAAAUCUCAAAUUAUAAUGAUUAAAAUAGUUGGGGUAAACUUGUAGUUCAUAUGCAACACUACUUGGAGGAAUUAUUUUACUAACUUGUCUUUAGUGUGGAAAUUAGUUUCAUUGAUUUGAUUAUAUUUCAAAGGUGGAAUGGAGGUGGUCCUCAAGAAAAAAAACCUUUUUUGUUGUUAUACUGUUUGAUUCCUAUAAUACAAUGCUAGAAAGUAUGCCCUGAAAGAAAAUAAAGUCUUUGAAAUCCAAGAAUAAUGAUUCUUACUGCUAAGAGAAUGUAAUAGUUAUUACUAAUGAGUUCGAUAGGCAUGCAUUUUUCAUGCAGUGUUUAUUCCACUUCCAAUUAGAGUAUAUAAAUAAGUUGUAUUACUAAGGUGGCUAAAUAACCAAACCAAGUGUUUGUGUAAAAAAAGACUUGCCAAGAUUUAAUUGUUUGACUGUUGAAUCUUUCUUGAAAAUCCCGCCUCUCAAAGAGACCACCUCUUAAGGAGCCUGUAAACUAUGCAUGAUGAAAAUUCUUGUAUUUUAUUAAGGAGUGGCCAUUGGUUUACUCACCACAUCUGUGGAAUCAUGGCUAUAAGUAUAGUUGCUUACAGAACUCCUGGUGACUUGUAGUUUAACUUACUCUCAUCUAUCUUGUGUAAAUAUUAAAUUAUAGGACAUUGCAUAACAUCUUGAAUAGAUACAAACUGCUGUCAGUAUUGACUUCAGAGCAAGUGAGUAAUCUAAUAGGUAAAAGCAUGUUUCAAAUAAAAUACCUAGCUGGAUUUAUACUUUAUUUGUAUUGUGUACAGAUUUAACAACAUCCAGUAUUAACUAUGGCUUGGCAGUGAAAUGAAAGUAAGUUCUUUAUGUUACCUGUCAUAAUGAUUAAAAAGAUUUGUAUUGGUG